AAGCACGAGAUAAUUACCAUUUUUUAGCUUUUUUUAACUUUCCUUACACCUAAGAAGAAUAGUUGGUUAAUAUGGAGGCGCCUUGACGCUCAUCAACCGCCUAUCGAAUUUCUGUGAACAAAAAAUUAAAAAAUUAAAUAAUAUCCAGAUUGUUGGAUACCAUAAACGAAUAUAUUAUAGCUAGAGAAAAUUUAAAUCUAAAAUUAUUAGUAAACGCAGUUACAAGCACAUAUAGUACCGUGUAUGUUUCACUCCCACCCCUGACCGCAUUUAAUGCUUGGCCAUGUUUUUUGAGCGAUUGCCACCCAAACCAGCAUUACAGUUAUACCAGUUUGUAAACGGCCAUCAAGAAGUGAACAUCGAUACCAGAACGCAACUUAUAAUUGGUGUUCGUUUAUUACAAUUGCCAGUUACCAAUAACAGUGUGUACCGCAGGACGGAUGCUUUUGGAUCAGCUCUUUCGUACGAAGCGGUCACCGACACUUACCGAAAGUCUUCGCUGCGGGCUAGCUUCGGUGGCCGACUAUGAGCGACGUAUGUGCGAAACGGCUGAUAGCUCCGUCGUCGACUAUUGUCGAGGCGGAGCGGCCAGUGAACGAACCGUCACACACAAUCGCGCCGCCUUCGACCGGUUGAUUAUACGACCACGUUGCCUGCAACGUAUUGGAGGUAGCCGUUCACUGGCAGUGACAUCUUUCGGUGUUAGCUACCGUAUGCCGAUCGGGAUUGCGCCCGUUGCACUCCAGUGUCUCGCACAUCCCGAGGGUGAGAAAGCCAUGGCACGGGCGGCACGAACGUACGGUGUUCCUUUUGUACUGAGCGUCCUUUCAAGCGUAUCAAUCGAGGAACUAGCGGAAGCUGUGCCGCGCGCACCAAAGUGGUUUCAGCUAUACAUUUUUAAAGAUCGCGAACUAACCGAAUGUCUAGUUCGGCGUGCAGAAAAAUCUCGGUUUCGGGCGCUAGUAGUUUGCGUAGACACACCGGCACCAGGAUUGAGUCGAACAGAACGGCGGAAUCCCCUAACCUUACCAGCAAAGGUGACGUGUGCUAAUUUCGUACCGAAUGGAAAUGGUUCAAACGGAAGCAACAAGGCAAAGUCAUGCUCGGCUAGCGUGCUGGACUAUGUGCGCAGUCAGCUGGAUCCUAGCCUCGGAUGGGACGCGAUACGGUGGUUGAUGAGCAUUACGACGUUACCGGUCAUUGUGAAGGGCAUUCUUAACCGGGCCGAUGCACUGAUUGCCGCAGACAUUGGCGUGCAUGGAAUGAUCGUGUCGAACAGUGGAGGUCGUCAGCUUGAUUAUGCACCUGCAGCGAUUGAGGUCCUGCCAGAGAUAGUGAGUGCCGUUGGAAGCCGCGUCGAGGUUAUGCUAGACAGCGGUGUUAGCCAAGGUACGGACGCUUUCAAGGCUCUAGCAAUUGGUGCUCGCAUGGUAUUUGUCGGACGGGCUGCAGUGUAUGGGCUGGCCGUAAACGGACAGCGAGGCGUUGAGGAGGUUCUGGACAUACUUAAAACUGAGCUCGAGUCUACGAUGCUAAAUGCUGGUUGCGGUACGUUGGCGGACUUGACACCUCAGCACGUAUGUCAUGAGGUGCAGCUGUACUAUCCUUCGGUAGCAGAUCAGCUGCGAAGAUCUUGGCCAGGGGAAAGCUUUCGAAGCGAUCGUUAUCGAUCACGCGAUCGUCAAAGUACCACCGAAACGUUUGACGGUGAUACAUUGCAAACCGUAGAACGUGAUGAUGUCGAGAACGUGGGUAUACGAGUGGAAAAUGUUUCUGAACGGGUUACGUUUCAACAAGCAACCGCUGAUGGACAAUCAUGUCCGGAAGCAAAGCUUCUCUUACCGAAGUCAUCAUCGACAGUGAUGGCUCCUCCAUAUCGAAACGUCCCUUUGCAGCUAAGUGUUCCGCGAGGAAUAUUCCGUUCGAACACCAACAAUUUGCCGAAAUGUAACGGCAAUAAUGCAUCGGGGUGCUCUGCUGAAGGAAAUGUGAAAACGGCCAGAUCCGUCAUUAAUAGAAAGGAACUUUCAUCAAGACGGUUAAAAUCACAUUCUAUGCAAAAUCUUUCUGGCGCAGAGAUCGGAAAUUGCAUUAAGUAACCCAAGGCAUAAUAUCGACGAAUGGUAUGUCACAUUUAUUGCUUGUAAUAGAUGUAAUAAAUAAACAAUCCCAUCCGGACCGACCCCCGUAGCAAGGACUGACUAUCCGGCUACGUGGUACAAUAAGUCCAGUAAGCCAGAAAAGGCCAGAAAUGGAAAAUCAUUUUCCGGUGAUAUCUUCUCCUUUUAUUCGUGGCCUGCUCACGGUCAAGAACGUCGCGAAGACAUGGCCUGGUCACCACAACAUGCAGCAUGUUUUCCGGUGAUAUACAACAUGCAGAAAGUCAGUUAAUGACGUAAAAAACGUAAUGUUAAACGAUGCAACAAAUAAGUCUCGAUACAGUCGAUCCGAAUAGGUACUGCUGAUGGAUCUAGAAAAUGAAUAAAAGGUAAACGGCUAACUUACUUGAAAAUAUAUGUACCUAGUUUGUUACGGAUAUAAACUUGCAAGUUCUAAGUUCCUAUGAACCAACCACGUUGGAAAAUAACAAUGAAUGAAUCUUAAUCUCAGACUCUUGGUGCAACUAUACCUACACUAUGGUUCAUCUUAUUCAACAAACAAUCCCGGAAACAAUUCAAUACAAAUGCUGUUUGUCCUUCCUCCCUUCCCAUGGCGCCAUGGUACCUCUGCUCGGAGGUAAGGUGGUAAGGUUACCAGCUUUUGCAAUUCUUUCCUAUUUAGUAUAGUUAUAGAUGCUAAUCGUUUUGUUGCAUAUGUGUUAGUGUUCUAUUUAGGGCUAAGUAUCCCUCUUCUGCAAAUGUUUAACAGUUCCUAGGAUUAGUUCACUACUCCUAUAUGAAUCAAAUUCAUCAAAUGCUGUACAUGCUCGUAUGUCUUCAGUAUCCGAUUGAACGUACGCCGCGAUGGAUAGUAACCGUAUCGCUCUAGAUAUUCCAAACAACUAUCAGCAAGACGAAGUACUACCGCUGGUAAUAGGACCGAUAUCGUUUACAGCUGCAGCCCUUCAGCGUCACUCAUCGGUGUAUCUUAUGGCUGCCAAGGUGGCUGAACGGUUCCGAAUUCCAUAUAUCCAUACGCCAAGAUCGCCUCUAUCGAUAAAUGCAUUAGAUGGACAUUUCGAUUCAAAGAUGGUGCGGUGGCUUGAGGUUUUCCCGUUCGUAGAUGUUUCGAUUUUACGUUCUUUGGUGAAACAAGCAGAAACGUGUGGUUUUAGUGCUUUUGUACUGUCCUUGAUGGAGCCUUACGACUUAGCAACGAGCAUAUUUCCCGAACACUCGGAUGUUCGCCGUAUCCGUUUUCCUGAUCUUGAAACAAUGAACGCCGACGGUACAUACCGAUACAAUAAGGUGCAAUCGCUAUUAGAGCAAAGACAGCGUGUAACCAAUAAUAUUCAAUCUCUUCGUUGUCUCACCGAACAUUCAAUCAUUCUUAACAUACCAAUCACACAGAAAGAAAUAAUUUUCGAAGCUAUUCGUGCAGGUGUCGAUGGAGUUAGUAUUAUCAUUGAUGAAUACACACCUUUUUCCAGAUUUGUGAGUUCGAUAUAACAACCUUUCCGUCACAAAGUAAUUACUAACAUGUGUGCGUGUGCUUUUUAUUAUUUACAACAGCUUGAUGCCAUCCAGGCGAUAAAACGCUUUUCCUCUAAAACAUCUUUAUAUGCGGGCGGAAGUAGCUUUACGGAAGAAGAAGUUGUUAAACUUAUUGAACAUGGUGCAGAGCGCGUAAUGAUUGAUCAGCCAAUCUUAUGGGGUAUGAUGAUAGAUGGAUUUGAUGGUAUAUCUAAUGUGAUUAAAAUCUACAAAACCAAGUUGUUUGGCAAAGUUUGAUAGUUUGGACUUUUUGCCUCAUUUAAAGCGAAUUGUCCUUUCGAUCUUUCUAAAAAAUCUUUAUUUAUCACUGCGUCAAAACCAAGAAGAAUAAAUAUCUUUAUACAAUGUGUUCCAUAAGUUCGAAUACAACUUUGCAUCGUUCAUAUCAGCAGCAUGUGUGUUGUAAUCCAUGAGGAUUAGUGCCCGUUUCCACAACAGGGCAACCGACACCCACGGAGUCAGCUAGCUGUAAUUUAUUGUUUGUUCACUGCGUACCAUGAAGGAGUAUCGUGACCUUGUAUUUUAGUUUUUUAAGAGAGGUGAGCGAGCCGGUGACAUAUUCCGACGACUGAAAUACCAUCAGGUGAAGUGGAAUUUCCAUCAGUUUGGGACACCAUGAUGACGAAGGACCUGGGAUUUAAACCGUGCAAGAAACAUAGAGUCCAAGAGAUAACGUAGGAUGCAUAGAAGAAGAGGUUGGACAGCGCCAAAGGGAUGACAGCGUCGCCACGUAGAAUACAAUAUUUUAUUUUUUUAGCACAUUUGAAAUUCCAUUCGAACUUAUAGAUCACUCUGUAAAUACAUCUGAUUAUAUUUCAUGGAAGGCCCAGUGGUGUAGAUUAGGGUUCCCCAACAAUUUUAGUACCGCGGACCACAUUUUGAUCGACAUAUGUUUAUCACAGCCCACAUGUGCCGUCCAUUAAUGAGCCCGUAUUGUAUGCCGCUUUUAAGGCGAUUUUGUGAAAGAAAACAUUAACAAUAAUUGUAACAUGUUUUUUAGAUAGAAUUGAAUGAGUGAAAUUUCAAAAUAUGUGUACAUCAGGUACUGCGUCUCUCGAGAACUACUAUAUGUUAACAGCUCAAGAAGCGUAGAAUAAAGUUGUCAAAUAAAUUUGCUGGAAAUGGCAAUUAAAAUGUUAAAUCGAUUGGGUCCCAAAAAAAUGUUUCACGGACCAUUUCUACUUAUGCCACGGACCGCAGAUUUGAGAUCUCUGUGGUGUAGAUGGUAUCGGCACCUCUACAUCAUAGAACAUUCCCGGAAGGGAAUCAAAUCUCUUCCGCACGGUAUUGUUGUAAGUAGGGCUGACUAUCUCGCUACGGGUAAUUAAAGUGAAUGAAACCCAAAAAUGGCAUACAAGAUCUCUUGUAGUGGUUU